CCCAUAAAAUCGUUUACAUAACCACAUUUUUUUUUCUUCCUUAUCUCUGUGUUGUGCCAACUGGAAAUCAGUUCGAAAGGUGGUGUGACGUAAGUCGGUCAUUGCUAACUUUCCCAGAAUGAGGAUCAGUCUGUUGAUCUGUGGAGUGCUGGUAAUCGUGAAAGGGCAGAAAGAAGAUGAGGAAUGGAUUGAUCCCACUGACAUGCUCAACUACGAUGCUUCUUCAAAAACUAUGAGAAGACGUGGAGAGCUCUCCAACUAUGAAAACAUUCCCACUAAAAGGAAAGAAUACAUCUCGGAUCCAAACCAGCCAGCUUUUUGUCCUGACGUUUCUGAGUGCAGCAACAAGCUUGCAGUUUUAGAGAGGAAGGUUGAAGCUUACAAAAAGAAAGUUGAGGCUCCACCAACACAAAGUGUGUGCCAGCCGGUUUUCAAGAGAUAUCUCAACAAGCUUUUGAAGGACAUCCAGAAGUUAGGCUUACCGGAUGAAGUCGGUCAUGAUGUGCAUUACUAUGCUGAUGUUCUCCUAACAAGACAGGCCGUGUCAGAGAUCAGGAAGUUUCUGAGAGAUGAGAGUUGGAAACCAGGCGUUAUAGAUGAAGCUCUCAGUCAAAUCUUGAUUAAUUUUAAACCCCACGACUAUGAAGCUUGGAAGUGGCGCUUUGAAGAUGCUUUCGGUGUGGAGUUGCCAACCUUGCUUCAGUUGUUGGCAGUUUCAGCGUUAAUUGUGUUUAUGAUCUGCACUGAACUAUGGACCCAGAUUUCCUGGAUGGCACAGUUACGACGCAUGUUUAUCAUUUGCUUCAUGGUCAGCAUUGUCUGGAAUUGGCUGUAUCUCUAUAAGACUGCCUUUGCUGAGCACCAGUCUAAAAUAGUGAAGAGGCAGGAUUUUAAUGAUAAAUGCAGUGGACUCAAGAAGAUAGACUGGAUGGAUAACAUCAAGGAGUGGUGUAGAAGUACCUGGACACUACAAGAUGACCCGUGCAAGAAGUACUACGAGCUUGUGUUUGUACAUCCCGUCUUACUGGUCUCUCCAAUUAAGGCAAUUUCUGUGACUUUUGCCAGUCUCAUAACAGAGCCAUUUAAACAUGUUGGACAAGGGAUCAGUGACUUCCUCCGAGCUCUCUUAAAGGAUCUGCCUAUAACACUUCAGAUUCCUGUUCUGAUCACUAUAGUGCUUUCUAUGCUGGUUUUUGUCUAUGGCAGUGCCCAGGCUGUCAUUCAGAACAUUGUCUUUAGGAGGCCUCUGGGGCAUCACGACCCGCACCCCCCUGCCCUGUUGCACAAUGUCCCACAAUGGGAGGAUGCUAUCCAAGACAUGCAGGCUGGCGGUGAUGCAGUGUUCCAGGGCGAAGUGGGCAGGAUUCAGUACCACAGGGGUGAACGUGAAGCCCAGUUACGUCACAGAAAUCAAAACCGCGGAUAUGACAAAACUAACAUUAUUGAAGGAGUGGGACCCGCUGACAGACCUAUUCAGCAGUUCCCUCAAGACGAGGGUGAUGGAGAGGUCCUUGAUGAUCUGUCUGGACAGAAAGACUGUCCGAAUCAAAACACAGCAGCAGCAGAGCCAAGCAACAUAAGAAAAGAGAAGCAGAAAGGAACUCUCCGAGGGAACUCUCAAAGACAUCCACAGACUAACAGCAAAGAUGAAAAGACGCGCAAGAGGCAAGGUGAAAAGAAGAGCGAGGAUUCUGGGAUCCAUGGGGAAGUGGACGGGACCCAGUUACCCCAUAGAAAUGUAAACCACGGGUCUGGCAAUGCUGAUAUUAUUGAAGGAGUAGGACCCACAGGCAGACCCAGUGAGCAGUUCCUUCGAGACGAGGUAGAAGAUCUGUCUGGACAGGAAGAUGAAAACACAGCAGCAGCACCAGUAGACACAAGGCAAGAGAACAAAAGAAAAGAGAACCUGAAAGAAAAGAGAGAAGGGAGCUCUCAAAGAGAUCAGCAGACUAACAGUGCCUCCGAAGUAAAAGAUGAAAAGAAGCGUGAGGGAUCAAAUGAAAUGAGCGUGAAGCCACCAUAGACAGAAUGAAGGAGGAAUGAUGAAAAACAAUGAACUGGACAGCACAGAUUGUUAAACAGAAGAGUCAUGCAAAGUUCAAAACAGCAGAUCACUUUAAAUUCUCCCAAUUUUGUAUUAUAAAAUCUAUAAGCUGAAUGCAGAUGCUGCAAUUGUUUUUCUCCUGCCUGCUUCCUACAUUCCUUUAUAUUCCAAUGUGCUGUUCAUGCUCGUGAAUUCUGAUGCUGUUGUGCGUUAGUUUAUAAAAUGUAUGGAACAUUCUCCAUAGCCCACCAACAACAUGUCAGAUAUUGAUCGGCAUGCUUUGUGUCUUAAGUGGCAUCUUCUGUGCUGUUUUUAGCUGGAUUUUGGACUGAUCAGGAAAAGGAAAAAUCUAGGUUGUCAAUAAAAUACGGCAUCAAAAAAGCUAUUGAAAAUACACAUCAUUAAAUGGCUGGUUUCACAGGCACUAGGUAAGGUGAGGUAUUCGAAUCAGAGAUUGAAACCAUCCUAGUGUAUUAGUUUCAAGAAUGUAAACUCAUGUUUGGUCAGUUUUAUAGACUUAAAUGUUAAAUGAAAUAUGAUCAUGUCAUUUUAGUAAGUGGUGAAUGCUUACUAUGGAUGUGGUACAGGUUCAUGUUGCUUUGAUGCAAUGAUAAUGUUUUGGUUUCCAGGUGUCUGACAAUUCACAACAGUACAACUCCGGUUCAGAAGAUGGGAUAGUAAAGCUACCUGCACAGGAGACCCAACCCAAUUGUUAAAUUCAUAUGUGCUGUUUUUUUUUAAAUAAAUAAAGCGAAUAUUCCCAAGUA